AUGAAACGCUUUGAUACGCUUACUUUUCAUUAAAGCUGCUGUUAGAGAAGAUAAAUCAUCAGUGACUGACCAAUCACAGUCCAGAAUCCAACAGCAGAGUCAUUUAGUUCACAUGAUCAGAGCACACACACAGAGCGGCAGUGACAGACACACACACACACACACACACACACAUACAGAGGGAGAGAGAGAGAGAGAGAGAGAAAUGGCUGAAUUUUAUUCAAAGCAAAUAAACUGAAGGAAAUCGUCAGUGUGAGAAGCUGAGGAGCACAAACAACCAUCAGCUCCAGGUUGUGCAGAAUGACGAUUCAGUCAGCGAUUAGCAGAGAGAUCUUCACUCCACUCCAUGAGAAGCUACUAACAGUGAUUGAAGUGAGUAAGAGGAGGAGGAGAAGACUGACCUUCAUCCCAGCAGGGCGUAAGGGGGAAUAUAUCACCUUCCUCUGUUUGUCAGUGACGAAUAAAAAGCCGACUCAAGUUUUCAUCACCAAAGUGAAGCAGUUUGAAUUUUCUCCACAAUUUGAGAAACGUUCACACUGGAGUGUGGAUCAUCUCCGCCGUGUGGACGGCAUCAACCCCGACAAGGACAGUCCAGAGUUUGACCUGGUGUUUGAUCACAGAUCUGAUCAGUGGGUUGCUGCGUCAUCAGCAGAGAAAUGCGUGUUCAUUCAGAUCCUCUAUCAUCUCUGCCAGCUUUACUGGGAGAGUCAGAGGGAGCCGAGUGUCACAGCACCCCCUGUGGGCCUGAAACUCACCUCCACCUCCACCCCUGCCUCCAGCACCGCCUCCACCUCCACCGAACAAACAUCUGUCCUAGAGAAGAAGAAAAAAAGUCGUGAAGUGCCUCGUCCCACUGAGUUCGUUAACUGCCAGUCCAAAUUACUGGGAGAUGCCUGCUCACUAAACAUCAUCAUCUACCGCUGUAAGAUCUUCCUGCACAGAAUGAGGAACUCCUUGACCUCUGCUCCAGAACCGAGUCACAGUCAGAAAGCUACACCUGUGAAAGUGGGCGUGGUUAGCUCCUCCACUCCGGCACAGAGCAUCAUGGGAACAGUGGGUCGGAGAGCGAGUCAGGUGUUCAGUGAGCGUGGUGACGUUAAACAUCUCGCUGAAAAUGUACAAAAGUUUGCCCUGAAGCAACACGAUUAAAAUAAUCUCAGGCCACCGUCACCACCUGUGUGUGUUUAACCAUCAUAACAACACACACACACACACACACACACACAGUGUAUAAAAAUGCUCUGUAAUAAUCUCGGUGUUGGAGUGUUUCAGCCACUCGAGGGCGCUGCUGAGUUCUGAAAGGUUCUCUUGUAUUUUUGUAUUUUUUCUGAUGUUACACACUUAGACACGCAUAUAAACACUCAUUUUUAUUAACGCAAUUUAUAAUAUAAUAAUUCUUAUAAAUACAGAUUCAGUGUUAAAACUAGUUUGAGGAAUUCGAUCAGAUUUAAAAUACUUUAAAGGUAUUUACAGUAACUGGACAUUACUGGUCAAUGUUCUACCUAUGAAGAAGUUUUUAAUCUGUUUUUACUUGGUGACUUUUUUCUGAAUCCAAACUGGACACAACCACCACCGUGCUUCACCCUGGGGAUGUGUUGGGUUUACACCCAAAUUAAACACUAAAAAUAUUCACGUUUAGUCACAUUUUGUAUUUUUGCCUUAUUAAUAUAAAUAAAGCCUAAUUAGCAUACAGAAGAAAUUCAAAUUUUACAUUAUUAACAUAUUUCUGAAUUUAUUUAUUGCUAUUUUAAACCUCUUUAGUGAAGAACGGGAAUCAUUCAUCAGGCACUACUGAUAAAUUAAAUUUCUUCACAUCCUUCCUCAUUAGUUCAAGGCUUUAGAGGAGGAUUAUACGUGUGCAAUGAACUCUGUCUUUUAAUUAUUAAAAAUAAAUGAAUUAUUAAUGUUGAGUUUUGUUUAAUUGUCUAGAGUCAUGUAUUAAUAAUACCUUAAUGACUGUGUGGUUUAUUUAAACAGCUCAGCUUUAUAAAUGAUCAAAGAAGCAGAGUUGGAGUGUGUGUGUGACUGAGUGUGUGUGUGACUGAGUGUGUGUGUGACUGAGUGUGUGUGUUGUGUAAUUGUAAUGAUCUAAAAGUCCUGGGUUUGUAAUUGUUGUCUUUUGUCUUUUGUCUUUUAUUGUCCUGUCAGUCUGUGUACCAAAUAAAUCCCUAAUUUCAUGCCUUA